AAGCCGCGUACGUCACGCCUUCUGACCUCAUUUUCUCGAGUGUUUUUGUCAGCGAGCUAGCGCCAUCUUGGAAGCUGCCGUCUGUGUCCUAAACCGCCCAAAGCUGGAGCUGCACCGCCAUGCUGUACCUAGAGGACUACCUCGAGAUGAUCGAGCAGCUUCCCAUGGACCUCCGCGACAGGUUCACGGAAAUGAGGGAGAUGGACCUGCAGGUGCAGAACCAGCUGGAGCAACGGGUCAUUGAUUUCUUUGUCAACGCAAAGAAGAACAAACCGGAGUGGAGGGAGGAGCAGAUGGAGGUCAUCAAGAAGGAUUAUUACAAAGCUCUGGAGGAUGCAGACGAGAAGGUCCAGCUGGCCAAUCAGAUUUAUGAUCUGGUGGACCGGCACCUGCGUAAACUAGACCAGGAGCUGGCCAAGUUCAAAAUGGAGCUGGAGGCAGACAACGCCGGCAUCACCGAGAUCCUGGAGAGACGGUCGCUGGAGAUGGACAGUCCGUCUCAGCCGGUCAACAACCAUCACAUGCACUCGCACGUCACGGCCGAGAAGAGGAAGUGCAGCGCCCCCAGCCACCACACGGCGGAGCACAUUCCGGAGAAGAAGUUCAAGUCUGAGGCUCUGCUGUCCACGCUCACCUCCGACCCGUCUAAGGAGAACACACCAGGGUGCCGCUCCAACAGCAUAGCGGCGUCCGCCAACAGCGCCUACAGCAUGAACUCCUCCCAGCCGCUGGCCUCCUACAACCUGAGCUCUUUGCCUGCUGGACCCGGGGCCGGCGCCGGCGCCAUCACCAUGGCGGCAGCUCAGGCCGUCCAGGCCACGGCUCAGAUGAAGGAGGGCCGCCGCACCUCCAGCCUGAAGGCCAGCUACGAGGCCAUCAAGAACAACGACUUCCAGCUGGGCCGCGAGUUCUCGCUGUCGCGGGACGCAUCUGGGUACUCCUCCUCCGCCCUGGCCUCCACCCUCACCCAGACGCUCACCCCCAGCACCGCCUCUGACUCCAGAGGACGCAAGUCAAAGAGCAGCAUCAAGUCCACCAGCCACCAGUCCUCCUCCUCGUCCUCCUCCUCCUCCCUCUCCUCCUGCUCCUCCUCCUCAGCGCUGGCUCAGGAGCUCUCCCAGCAGGCAUCGGCGCUGCCUGAAGCUGAGGCCAACAGCCAAGUGGACUGGACCUAUGACCCCAACGAGCCCCGGUACUGCAUCUGCAACCAGGUGUCCUAUGGGGAGAUGGUUGGCUGUGACAACACGGAUUGUCCCAUCGAGUGGUUCCAUUACGGCUGCGUGGGCCUGACCGAGGCGCCUAAAGGGAAGUGGUACUGCCCGCAGUGCACGGCGGCCAUGAAGAGGAGGGGCAGCCGCCACAAAUAGGCUGACAGGAGGUCCGCAGCAGAACCGGUCCUGAGGUUCUGUCCACACUGACACUUUCAGAACUUGGUGUUCCAGCAGUGACGCAGCUGGAGCAGACGUCUGCGCUCAGAUCUCUGAUCUGAGAUGUCUUGGUUUCACUGAGUCUCCCAAACGCUGCAGCUGUCUGUGGUUCUGGUUCUGCAGAUCGUGCUGGUGUACAAACGAACUGAUCGGACUGUAGGUGUCCUUCACACUGCAGGAAACGACCGGAAUCAAUCUGAUUCCCAUGAUGCUCGUCUUCCCUGCUGCAUCAACCAAUGACACGGCAGGGGGUGGAGCCUCUGCUAGGUGGGGCGACUGCGCAGGUGCAGAAUGUAAAUGUGCCGUCAGUCCAGAGUCUGAGUGAUGGACAGAAAACAUUUGUGACAGAAACUGUUUUUAAAUAAAGUUUUGUUCUCUGAUCUCCUGA